CCUGUACCCCACCCCUGCCCUCCUUCCUCGAAAGGGGAUGGGUGUAGGGCUCACCUGUCCUUCCCCUACCUCCUGAGACAAGCCCCAGAACCCAGGCACUUCCCCCCACCUCCACCCCCCUCUGGGGAAUGGAGCAACCAAGCUUCUUCCCCUUCUUUUCAGCAAUUUGGCCCCGCCCUCCUCAUCCCUCAUAAACUACCUCCUGGGUCCGCCCCACACCUUCCACUUGUGCGGCAGCGUCCUGCCCAAUCCCUCAGUCCCGACCUCAUCGGCCGGGCCGGGACUCAGCUCUGAGGACGCCAGCACCAUUGCCAGGCAGGAUGGAUGGUUCCCGCUCGGACAUGGGCCGCUCGGACAUGGGCCGCUCGGACAUGGGCCGCUGGCGCGGGGGCCCCCUGCAGCCCUCGGCCACACCUUCUCCAGAGCCAGAGCCUGAGCCGGAGCCAGACAGACGGUCCCGGGGAAGAGGGGGAGGAGGAGGCCGCUCCUUCUGGGCUCGCUGCUGUGGCUGCUGCUCCUGCCGGAAUUCAACAGAUGAUGACUGGGGCCGCGAGCCCUCUGACUCCAGGGGUCGAGGGUCCAGCUCUCGGGGCGGAAGACCCGAUUCGCGGGGUGGCGGUGUGAACGCAGCCGGAGAUGGCACCAUCCGAGAGGGCAUGCUGGUGGUGACCGGUGUGGAUUUGCUGAGCAACCGCUCAGACCAGAACCGCCGAGAGCACCACACCGACGAGUUUGAGUACGAUGAACUGAUCGUGCGCCGCGGACAGCCAUUCCACCUAGUCCUCUUCCUGUCCCGCUCCUAUGAGUCCUCCGACCGGAUUGCCCUGGAGUUACAGAUCGGAAACAACCCUGAGGUGGGCAAGGGCACCCACGUGAUCAUCCCAGUAGGCAGAGGGGGCAGUGGUGGCUGGAAGGCCCAAGUGACCAAGUCCAGUGGACAGUCUCUGAACCUGCGGGUCCACACCUCCCCCAGCGCCAUCAUUGGCAAAUUUCAAUUCACUGUCCGCACUCGCACAGAAGCUGGAGAGUUCCAGUUGCCCUUUGACCCUCGCAACGAAAUCUACAUCCUCUUCAAUCCCUGGUGCCCAGAUGACAUCGUGUAUGUGGACCAUGAGGACUGGCGACAGGAAUAUGUGCUUAAUGAGUCAGGGAGGAUUUACUAUGGGACGGAAGCCCAGAUUGGCGAGCGGACCUGGAACUAUGGUCAGUUUGACCACGGGGUGCUGGAUGCUUGCCUGUACAUCCUGGACCGGCGGGGGAUGCCCUAUGGAGGCCGCGGGGACCCUGUCAGUGUCUCACGGGUCAUCUCUGCCAUGGUGAACUCCCUGGAUGACAACGGAGUCCUGAUUGGGAACUGGUCUGGCGAUUACUCUCGAGGCACCAACCCCUCGGCGUGGGUGGGCAGCGUGGAGAUCCUGCUUAGCUACCUACGCACCGGCUACUCCGUCCCCUACGGCCAGUGCUGGGUCUUUGCUGGUGUGACCACCACAGUGCUGCGCUGUCUGGGACUGGCCACACGCACUGUCACCAACUUCAACUCUGCACAUGACACAGACACAUCCCUCACCAUGGACAUCUACUUUGAUGAGAACAUGAAGCCACUUGAGCAUCUGAACCAUGACUCUGUGUGGAACUUCCAUGUUUGGAAUGAUUGCUGGAUGAAACGGCCAGAUUUGCCCUCAGGCUUUGAUGGGUGGCAGGUUGUGGAUGCCACGCCUCAGGAGACCAGCAGUGGCAUCUUCUGUUGUGGGCCCUGCUCCGUGGAGUCCAUCAAGAAUGGCUUGGUUUACAUGAAGUACGACACGCCCUUCAUCUUUGCCGAGGUGAAUAGUGACAAGGUGUACUGGCAGCGGCAAGACGAUGGGAGCUUCAAGAUUGUGUACGUGGAGGAGAAAGCCAUCGGCACGCUCAUCGUCACCAAGGCCAUCAGUUCCAACAUGCGGGAGGACAUCACCCACAUCUAUAAGCACCCCGAAGGCUCAGACGCAGAGCGGAAGGCGGUGGAGACAGCAGCCGCCCACGGCAGCAAACCCAAUGUGUAUGCCACCCGGGACUCGGCUGAGGAUGUGGCCAUGCAGGUGGAAGCGCAGGAUGCGGUGAUGGGGCAGGAUCUGACAGUCUCGGUGGUGUUGAACAAUCGCGGCAGUAGCAGCCGCACGGUGAAGCUGCACCUCUACCUCUCCGUCACCUUCUACACCGGUGUCACUGGCACCAUCUUCAAGGAAUCCAAGAAGGAGGUGGUGCUGCCACCAGGGGCCUCGGACCGCGUGACCAUGCCCGUGGCCUACAAGGAGUACCGGCCCCACCUGGUGGACCAAGGGGCCAUGCUGCUCAAUGUCUCGGGCCAUGUCAAGGAGAGUGGGCAGGUGCUAGCCAAGCAGCACACGUUCCGCGUGCGCACCCCAGAUCUCUCCCUCACGUUGCUGGGAGCAGCUGUGGUUGGCCAGGAGUGUGAAGUCCAGAUCGUCUUCAAGAACCCCCUGCCCAUCACCCUCACUAAUGUCGUCUUCCGGCUCGAAGGCUCUGGGUUGCAGAGACCCAAGAUCCUCAACGUUGGGGACAUCGGGGGCAAUGAGACAGUGACAUUACGCCAGACGUUCGUGCCCGUGCGCCCAGGACCCCGCCAGCUCAUUGCCAGCUUGGACAGCCCACAGCUGUCCCAGGUGCAUGGUGUCAUCCAGGUGGACGUGGCCCCUGCCUCCGGAGGCAGGGGCUUCUCAGACACCGCCGGUGACAAUUUCUCAGGAGAAACCAUCCCUAUGAUGUCCCGAGGUGAAGCUUAGCCCUGGGUCAAGUGCAAAUGGGACUGCAGGCACUUCAAGGACAUUGCCCCAGAUGGGGCUCCACCACAGCACAGCAGCUCCACUAGGAGCAAAGAUGGCAAAAAUGGGCACUUGGCAGGUAGAAGCAAUCUUCACUUGCACUGGGUGGCAUGGAUGAGAAUAAACUGUUUUUUUUUUUAA